UAACUUCCAUAACAGUGCUAAAAUCUCAACUCCCCAACACCAAUUUUGAACCUUUGUGAUCUUUCAAUUUCUGUAAAUUAUGUGCUAAUUUUCUCAUAAUUUGAAAUGCCGUCAUCUCCUAAAUCUUUCAAUGCUUGGCCAUCUUCUUCUUCCUCCUCCGUCUACUCCCGCAGAUCGACGGUCCUGAUCCUCUGUUCUCUCAUCGGUGUAGCUGGGUUUAUGUUCGGUUUUAUUGCAAUUUCGAAGCAGGGUUUGGGAUCAAAUUGUAAAUAUGCUGAACCUCGAUCUGUUUCUGUUGUUUGGGAUAGAACUGGUAGUAAAGAAAGUGAAGAUACUGGUGGAGUUUCAGAUGAAGGGCAAAAGAGGCAUAAAGUUAUGGGCUUUGUUGGGAUCCAAACUGGGUUCACUUCCACCGGUCGACGCCGGUCGUUGAGGCAGACUUGGUUUCCUUCUGAUCAUCAAGGCCUUCAAAAGUUAGAAGAAGCUACUGGCUUGGCUUUUAAAUUUGUAAUUGGUAGAACAAGUGAUCAAUCCAAAAUGGCCGAGCUUAGAAAAGAGGUAGCUCAAUAUGAUGAUUUUUUACUAUUAGACAUUGAAGAAAAGUACAGUAAGCUACCAUACAAAACCAUAGCUUUUUUUAAAGCUGCCUAUGCGCUUUAUGACUCUGAAUUUUAUGUUAAAGCUGAUGACGACAUAUAUUUGAGGCCAGAUCGCCUUUCACUGCUCUUGGCCAAAGAGCGCCCUCACUCCCAAACAUACCUUGGAUGCAUGAAAAAGGGUCCAGUUUUCACUGACCCCAAGCUCAAAUGGUAUGAACCACUUGGAUAUAUGCUCGGGAAGGAGUAUUUUCUCCAUGCUUAUGGUCCUAUUUAUGCUCUUUCUGCUGAUGUUGUUAUGAGUUUGGUUGCCCUCAGGAACAACAGCUUCCGAAUGUUUAGCAAUGAGGAUGUUACUAUUGGUUCCUGGAUGCUUGCGAUGAAUGUCAAUCAUGAGAAUAAUCAACACUUAUGUGAACCAGAGUGUACCCCUUCAUCCAUUGCUGUGUGGGACAUUCCCAAGUGUUCAGGGCUAUGUAACCCUGAGAAGAAAAUGUUGGAACUUCAUGCGAAAGAUGCCUGUUCAAAGAGUCCUACUCUGCCAUCAGAUGAGGAUGAUUAGAGCUCAUUGCUAUCAAGCACAGUAGGCUGACGGAUUAUUUACAGAUUGAUUCAUUCCUUUUGGUUAAAGAGCUCUGUCAACGUUGCUGCUGGAAACUUGCCUCCGCUAAAUGUCACGUGCAUUUUGUAAGUUACCUGUGCAACAGUAGUUCACGUCCAU